CAUCAGCCGAUCCUGUGCUCCACAGCAGCUGGGACCCACUAUAGGCAGCACCAUGCCUGUGCUGGAUAAUUGCACUUUACCAGGAUAGACAAGAGGAUGUGAACGCCUGGAGCCAUACAGUAAGCCAUAUAAACACAGGUCCGACUCCUGGUUCUGGUUUUGUGUGGCCUCUCAGCUCAAAUUUCCAACCUCCUUGAUUACUCAGCCCCUGGUUUCCACGAUGGCCAAGUCCACUCUGCUGAAGGUCAUCCUCCUAGGUGAUGGAGGCGUGGGCAAGUCGUCCCUCAUGAACCGCUACGUCACCAACAAGUUCGACUCUCACCUCUUCCAUACAAUAGGCGUGGAGUUCCUCAACAAAGAGCUGGAGGUGGACGGGCGCCGGGUCACUCUGCAAAUCUGGGACACGGCGGGACAGGAGCGCUUCCGCAGCCUUAGAACACCUUUCUACCGCGGCUCGGACUGCUGCCUACUCACCUUCAGCCUGGACGACGGACAAAGCUUCCAGAAUCUCUCAAACUGGAAGAAAGAGUUCACUUACUACGCGGACGUGAAGGACCCUGACAACUUCCCGUUUGUGGUACUGGGCAACAAAGUGGAUGUUCCUGACCGUCAGGUAUCAGGGGAGGACGUCCGCCAGUGGUGCCGGGAAAACGGAGGACUUCCCUACUUUGAAACUAGCGCCAAGGAUGCAACAAAUGUAGCAUCAGCCUUUGAGGAAGCAGCACGUCGUCUCCUGGCAUCUGAGGAUAGAGAUGAACCCCUGAUCCCCACCAACACUGUGAACCUGCAGAAGAAGCCUCGGCCUGAAUCCAAAUGCUGUUAAACACUGGAUAUCACACAUGCCUUUCGUUGAUGCUGUCAGCAGCUGCUGUAUAGUUCUGUAUGCUCCUAUUUAUGCUUAAACCAGGAUCGUUUUUAAGGUUAAUGUUUUUAUUUUGUUUAAAUUGAAAUGCUGGAUGCAUUUUAAACUAUGAAAAAUAAAUUUAGGACUCGUAUAUGUUUAAACCUAAAUAUAUACUGUUUUUUUUUUUUUCCUGUUUUUUUUAUCAGAUAUCUUCUAGGGUGAAUCAAAAACAGCCAACACAUGUGCUUAUAAAUUGUUGCCUUCAAAGAGAGGAUUUAAAUGUUUUUUUCUUAUUUUUUUUUUAGUCCUGGGUUGACAUGAGAAGUUGCCCACCCACUUAAUUUAGCUUCCUUCUCUUUGAUUAUUUUUUUUUUUAGCCAAAACACGUUCCUAUCAUUUUAACUGAGUGAAAAUAUUGCAUUUUGGCUUAAAAAGAAAUUGUGGAUUCAUUGAAUUAUGGAUUUCUUUACUCAUAGAGAUCAGGGACUGAAGCUAUUCAUUGAAAAAAUUUGAGUUCAAGCUGUUAAUUCUUUACUAUGAAAUUAUUCCCUCAUCACAGUUAUUUUUUUUUCUAAAUUUUCUGUUGAGUUAAACGCCUCCAAUUAAGUUUUUCCUUUUUUGAUGAUUUCAAAAAUAACUUUGAAAAUUAUCUUUACUUUAAAUCACAGUACACUUUUAUUCCACAUGGUGGCGCCAAAGUGCUACAGGGUUAAAGUCAAAACUAGGCGGUUGUUCUGAAUGCUGUGGUAAAUUGGAAGAUUUAAAGCUCUCUAUUGGUUAGGCAGAAGCGCAUACAGUGUUUAAACUUAUUGGGUAAAGCUUAAUCACAUAAUUUAUUGGAAAACAUGAAAACAAUCUGUUCCUUUUGAUACAGUUUUAAACAUUGACAAAUAAAAUGCCAUGUUUGUAAUUAAAAUCUGUACACUCAACUGUUUCCCACCUUUUAUUUUGUUUAAAGCAUGCCAUCUUCUGUUGUAAUAAGUACUAACUUUUCACUUUUUGCUUUUGUAAAUAAAAACUAGAGGACAUUAAUUUCUCAAACACUGAUUGGCCGAAUAAAGUGGCUUCACCUGUGCAGUGAUGAGGAAAACCUCUAGGUAUCUUCCUAAAAACAACCCAAGCAAUAAAAAGAAAGCUACAUUUUCUUGUUAAACUUAUAACAUUUUCGAAUGCUGUUGACAUCUUUGAUUUAUCAGUUGGGAAAUUAGUUAAAAGUUGUGUUUUUAACUUACUUAUACCAAGAUAAAAAGGAAUACUCUGCACUACUCUCCGUAUAGAGCGUUAUUUUACACAAAAAAUUGCUGUUUUUCAUUCAAUAUAUUAAACUGUCCUGUACAAUUUACAUGAUUCAGAUAGGCUACAGAGAAUUGGUCCUGCAGGAAAAAGUUUAGUUUCUCCAUUAACAUUUUGUCAUUGAGAAAAUUGCAAUAUUUACAUGUGAAUGAUUACUAUACUAAAAGUAGUUUAAGUAUGUCUCAUAUUUAUAACAGUGAAAUUUAUUUUUGUUGUAAUUUUUAGAGAAGUUAAAAUAAGCUGAAUUUUUACCAAUUUCUUGAAAUUUUGGUUAUACAGUACAUAGAGCUUGGCAAUUUUUUUUUAAAUAAUUAAUUAAAUGCAUUGCAAUCAAAGAACAAUGAUGAAUAGGUGUGGAAAAACAAAUAAGAAAGGGACUUCUUAAUGGCCAAAAGGCAAAAAUUUCACUUCUUAACAUGUUCUGAGUUAUAGCUCUGAAAAAAAAAAGUUAAUUCCUCGUCCAAUGUGUUAACAGUUAGAUAGAUACUUAAAAUACUGUAAUAAUUAUGACCAGAAUAACACCUUCAAUAAAAUAUUACGGGAAUGUGCUUGGCCUAUUUUUAACAUGAUGGUUCUUUUCACACUAAUAUGCAAAUAAAUACUAAUCACUGAAUGCUGAAUUAAAUCCCUAAGGAGAAUUCAAUAAGCUGGAACUAUUUGGCAACUCUAUGUAUUUUUAGUAGCGAUUGACUGAUAUGGGUUUUUUAAGGCAUGAUUAUUUUGACAUCACUCCAACAUUUCCCCAAUAUGUGCUGCUAAUUUAGUUGUUUUGGGGACAAUUAUUUGGGGUGUUAUUGCUUCAUGUCCUGCAUUUAUAUGAUAAAGGGCCCAGUGUUUAAAAAAAUGUGAUGUAAAAUAAAAAGCAAAACUUAUAAAAUAAUAGAAAACUGCAACCAAUAGCAAAUAGAGGUGGGCGGCAAUGCAUGUACAUCACGCAAUGCCAAAGUAUAGCUGCUAAAUGCACUGAUGAAUUGUCAGUAGUAUGCAGGCUUCAGCUGAUGCAAGAAAAAAACACUGAUAUUGGCUGGCCGAUGUACAGUAUUGGCCUUUAAAGACAUGUUGCAUGAGGCGUUAUGCAAUUUAAUUAAGUUUAAUUAAGAGCUAUCUACCAUAAAAUCCUAAAUUUUAUACACAUAUUCCCUAGUUUAAUCCUUCUGUAAAAGAAAGGGGAAAAAGUAAAUAUAUUUUUUUGCAAUCAUACUUGCAAGAUGUCUAUGUAACCCCUGACAAUUGAGACACAUGGUUGUUAAUUUAUAACCUUUUAAAGACUUUUCAUGAAAAUCACAACCUGAAGGAAGAGACAAAAUACACAUUUGUCACGAUAAUAAAAAAUAUCGGUUUUACUAGAGAAGGUUACAAAAAAUCACCAUAGAGGAGUCAUAGAACUAUUUCCAACUUUAAAAAAAAAAGAGAAAAGAACCAUAAUGAAACACCUACAGGGACUACAUUGCCAUCAAAGUACAAUGGAGUUCUUUAGAAAAGAGCAGGGGUGGAGAAGGGGGCAAAAAACACUGCGGCCUACCAUAGUUGCCAGUACAAAUGACUACACAUCACCUGAAAAAACUGCAAAGACACAGUCAUGUCUCCUUCAUGCAAAUAACGAGGAAACGACACCAACCCGACGCGCAUCAUCGGCUUAUAGGAAAUUUAAGUUUGCCUUUUUACAUCAACCUGCCGGCAAAGCACGGAUAUUUAUUCAACAUAACACACAUGGCAAUAAAGUCCUUUUUUUUUUUUUAUACAGAAUAGACAGCUGUGCACAUGGACGAUACUGACAUGCUUCAUUUCAUCAAAAAUCUGUCUUAUUUAGCUAUUUCUUUAAGGGUUACCUAAUCGGUUAUGAUUCAUUUAGAGUGUAGGCCAUGAUUAUCAAAACAUAUCUGGUUAUAAAAUUAAUGUAUGAAAAUUCCUGCCUUGUUUUAUUCAGUGUAAACAUCCAAAACAGUCUUUGUGGCUUGUAUGAGAGGCAUGGCAUUCCAAAAGCGGGAAAAAAACAAAACAAGAAAAAGUGACUUAAGCCACUCGUUGGCCGUUUAGAAAAGAAAGAAGCACAAACAUUUUUCAUAAAAUGUUAAAACCACAAGAACCCAGCUGCCUAAAAUGGAUAAAUAUAGAAAAAAAAAA